AUGGAAUGCGCUGAUGGUACUUUAUGGUCUUUUACAAUACUAAAACAGAACAAAGUCACAAUUGACACGCUUAUUCAAUGGUUUAUUCCAUUUCAUCUUAUUGAGCAAUAUGCACAAUAUUUAAAUUCUUUUUAUAAUAGUUUCACGGAUAAUACAACCAUUUGUAACUGCACUCAGAAUCGAAUUGGUAUGAACUGCGAAUAUGAAUUGGUAUCUCGGCAUUUAGAUAUUGCUUCUGUAAUAAAAAAUCAGCGAAGUAGAAAUAUUGAAAGCUAUGAAACAUUAACAUCUUUUGUCGAUGAAAUGCCAUGUAAUGCGGGUGCUUCCGAUUUGGAAUGGCGACAAGUCUGUGAUGGAAUUAUUAAUUGUCAAGAUGCAACCGAUGAGUUUAAUUGCCAUUUGUUAGAAUUCAAUAAAUGUGAUGCAGAUGAAUUUCAAUGUCGUAAUGGAAUGUGUAUUCCUAAAGAAUUCUUGUAUAACGUCGCAUUUGAUUGUAUGGAUUUGAGUGAUGAACAAGAAUUGAGUAAAAGCUAUACAAUAUUUGACUUCUGUUCGACAGAAUCAAAAAUUGAAUGUGAUGAACGACUCUGUCGUAAAGAUCAAUUUUCAUGUGGAGAUGGACAAUGUAUACAUUGGUCGGCUCUGAUUAAUCAUGAAAAUGGAUGUAAAAAUUCACGUGAUGCAGCUUAUUUAUGUGAAACAGUUGAUUCCUUAAUGAGUAAUCGCCAAGCAUCGAUUGGUAUUUGUAAACAGACAACUCCCGAACUUCUUCCGUUGAGGAAUUCAUCAACUUGUAUAUUAAGUCUUCGUCAUUUAUUAAAUGCAAAUCAAAAUAAACUAUCAAAUAAGACGCGUGAGAUUGCAUUGAAUAAUAUCGUUGAUCGUUGUCCAGAACUUAUUCAAUAUCCGGAACAAGCAAUAAUCUCACCAGUAUUGAAAAUGUUCUAUAAUAGAUCCUUGCUCGAGACAUUCUAUGGAAGUCAACAAAAUUUUAAUCGUCAAAUACCAAGAAAACCUCAUCUGUAUUGUCUCAAUGGUUCAAUGGCAUGCAAUGGAAUUUGGAUGACUCUUGAAAAGGAUUAUUGUGUAUUACAUGAGGAUUUUCAAAAGCUUAUAUCAUUUCCAUAUUUUCCAAUAUCUUAUUUGUUCUGCCAAGUGGCAGCCACACAAGCAUCACUUGAAAGAUUAGUUAAUUAUUCAACUAAUCAAUCACUCUUCUACUCCUGUCGAAAUAUAUCAGAUCAUUUAGCACUCCGUCGUGUCAACGACGGAUAUUCUGAUUGUCUUUAUGGCGAUGAUGAAAAGAAUAAUGAUCAUACAAUAACUGGACCAUUUAGAUAUCAGUGUCAAACAGUAUCAUCGCCGGAUCAAUAUGUUAGCUUUCAGCAAUUGGGCAAUGGAAUAAAUGAUUGUGUCGAUGGAAGCGAUGAAAUUUCGCGUGAAGUUCGUUGGUCCUUGUUGAAAUGUGAUGAUGAUGAUGGUUAUGCUUGUUGGAUAUUUCAAGGUAAUGGAAUCGAUGAAGACAGAAUUAAAAAUGUUCGAUUGUCCUACCAUCGACAUUGUGAUUCUGUUUGGGAUACGAUGGAUGGUCGAGAUGAAACGAACUGUUCUCAAUGGAUUUGUUCAGAUGGAACGUAUCAAUGUAACAGGACAGGUCAAUGUAUCGAUCAAACAUAUUUGUGUGAUGGGGAAUUCGAUUGCAAUGAUGGAGAAGAUGAAUUAAAUUGUUCUUGGCGAACACGACAAUGGACUCUAGAAGGAAUAUGUAAUAAAACAAAUGAACAUUUUUGUAUCACUUCACAGUACAUACAAGCUCCUAAUUUCACACGUCCAUGUAUUCCUUAUGUCAAAGCUGGUGAUGGUCAAAUUGACUGUGUCGGUGGCCGUGAUGAACGUAAUGUGUUUUCGUGUCCUGAUCAUUUGGUACUGGGAGAUCGUUUCUUAUGUGACAAUCAAACAAAGUGUCUAAAUUACACAGUUUUAUGUAAUGGAAUUGACGAUUGUUUAGAUCGAACGGAUGAAUUCAUUUGUUUUUGGAAUCAAAAUCGAUGUGCCAUAGAGCAGUUUUCUUGUGAAGAUAGGAGAGGAUGUAAGGAUAGUCGGUGUCAUCCACAAAAAACAUGUUCGGACAGAUCACAUUGGUUUUGGUGUCCGAAUUCGACGGCUGUAGGAACCAUAUAUCGUUCAAGCAAAUAUCAACGUUUGUUAAAUUAUGAGGAAUCUUGCUACAAACAUUCAACUACUCAACGAACGGUCAAUGCUCCCAGAGUAUCGUUCGUUUUGUCUGAUACUAAAGAAGCUAUCCAACCUGUCAUGUAUGGCUUUUGCCAUCGUGGUUUUUAUUUGAAUAUUGAUAAUGGUGCGAAACUUCUGUGUUUUUGUCCACCUAGUUAUUAUGGUGAUCGCUGCCAGUAUGAUAGUCGACGUGUUACUGUACGUGUACGUUUCGAUCGACGUCAUCGUUUUGAUAUUCCACAAAUUAUUACUGUAUUAGUUGUGCUUUUGUAUAAUGAUAGUCAAAUAGUCGAUCAUCAAUCUUUUGUUGAUUACGAUCAAGAUUUUUCUGCAACAUACAACAUCUAUUUAUUAUAUCCUCGUCCAAGAUCGAAAGGAUUGUAUUCAGUACGUUUUGAGGCCUAUCAUUCGAGUGAUUUGCUAGCUGCAUGGGAAUAUAAGAUUAGUCCAUUUGAUUUUCUACCUGCUUUUCGUGUGGCCAAAAUAUUACGCUUUCCCGAACGUAUUCUACCAUGGUUAUGUUUGCAAAAUCUAUGCGAAAAUAGCGGAACAUGCCUUAUGAUGAAUAAUGGUCAACAUUUAUGUUUGUGUCAACGAGGUUGGCAAGGCAACUAUUGUGAGAGAUCAUUGUAUGAUAUUAAAUGUGCUCCCCAUUCUGUUGCACGAGAUCUACACGUUUGCAUUUGUCCGAAUGGAUAUUUGGAACCCCAUUGUUUCGUGCGUAAUACGAUAUGUAAACAGUCACAUUCAUGUUCAACAGAUGAAGUAUGCUAUCCAGUCUCACAUCAACUGCCUAAUCGUUAUUGGUGUAUAUGUAAUGCAUCAAACUGUGGUACGCGAAACACUAUGAUUGUCAUGCAUCGACAAAAAUCAAAUCAAUUACCAUUUCUUCUUCAACUGUUGAAAAUAUCUGCCGACUAUCCACGCUUAAAGCAACAAAUUCUCAUUCACCCGUCAACCAAUUUUCCGAUUAGUACAAUAAUCAAGACGCGUGAUGUACGCAAUGCACAAGAAGCCAUACCUGAAAUUGGAUUAUUUUUUACGUUUGAACCACUUGUACGAUCCGUUGAUAUCAUUCUACAUCUGCUCUAUAUUAAUUGUUCAAAUUCUCCUCGAAAUUAUACUGUCGAUCUUGAUGUGCAGCCACAACGUUGUCGAUCGCUAAAGGAAACUGAGCUUCGUUCAAUAAAACUUCUACGAAUUUUUUGUCAAGAAUCAGCGCGUGAUCCAUGUUUCCUGUUGCAGCAUUACAUUUGUUACUGCAGUUCGCAAAUGAUACCCAAAAGCGAAUGUAUAUCAUAUCAUCAACGACACACAGCUUGCACACAUUGUUACAAUCAAGGCUAUUGUGUUCAAGGUGAUUUACAAAAUAAGAGUGACUUUAUCUGUAUUUGCCCGAAAUGUGUAUCUGGUAAACUUUGUCAAUUUUCCCCAAGUCGUUUCUCACUUUCUCUGGAAUUUCUCAUUGAAAAAACACAAUGGGAUGCUUAUCAUUUCAUUGGUCCUACUCUUUUUUUCGUCUUCAGUAUGGUUUUCAAUGGUCUCUGUAUGAUCACGUUUGCACAGCCGAAAGCUCGUCGAUUGGAGAGAGCAUUGGCUGUUAUAUUACCUACAAAAUUUUCAUUGUUACGCAUACCCAAAUCGGCUGGUUUUCUUAGUAUAUUAAUAUUGAUCAUUAUUUUCAGCUCCAAUUAUCCUCAUAUCAAUCAGUAUAAAUUAGUCAGUCAUCCCGAUGAUCUGUAUCCAUGGUGUAUUGGUGAAAUUAAACCGAGCCAACAAUAUCUCAUGCAAUACAUGUCACUUGGUCAUCAGAUCAGUCCAUUUCUGGUGAAUCUAAUGGCAAGUUUGGCUAUUAUAAUUGGUAUUAGUCGUUCAAAGGCCAGUAGUCAUCAUGUUUCAGCACGCAGUGUUCUUCUGAAACAAGCACGUCAACGAAUCGAUCUUCUUCUUGGUCCUAUCAUAUGUUUUAUCACACAGUUGCCUCAAUUAAUUAUUCUUUUUCUUGAUAUUUGUGAUUAUGACUCACAAACAUGGUUCGUUCAUCUAAUUCUAAUAGCUUACUAUAUUUCAUUUACACCACAAAUCAAUAUUUUCUUUUUAUAUGUACUCCCAUCACCACUCUACAAAGAAUUACUUUUUACAGAAACAACCGUAGGAAAACGACUUUUGCAGAUGAUACAUCAUAACUCACGCAUCUAACAAACUGAAGAUACAUAGUAAAUGAACUUUGGCCUACAUUUGCGUAGGCUAACUGACUGCUAGUUCAUAUAAAAAAACGAUGCAUCAUCACAAUCCGUGUUUCUUUUUUAU